GCCUGUGUUUUUCUCUCCCUCCCACUCCCUGCGACGUAUAGAUACUGCAUUGAUCAGACACACGCGCGCAGACACAUGCACACACACGCACACACUGAGCCUCCCACUCUUUUCAUCAUUGAUUCGCUCUGCUGUGCUCUGCUUUCUUUCUCUCUCCCCAUUCUGUAUCUCUCUCUCUCUCUCUCUCUCUCUCUCUUUCUCUCUUUCUCUCUACAGCGGCACUUGUUGAAUUCAACCCUUGGAGAAUAGAGAGAGGGGAGAGAAACAGAGAGAGAUAAUGACAGGGAGGCAGAGGGAGGCUUUGAGACAGCGCUAGAACAGACAGUGAGCAGAGAGAAUGGGGCUUUGGAGGAUAUAGAGAUAGAAGAUAGGCUGGGGAAGACAGACAGAGAAAAGUCAGACAGCAGAGAGAAUCAUCUUUUGAGACGGUGGGAAUGACACUUUAAGAGAAAGAGAGCGUUGACCAGACGGAGUACAUCAGAGUGCUCUCCUUCCAUCUCUAACUACUCCUCUUCUGUCCUGGUCCUGACUGCUGCUGGUGUGUUUGUGUGUGCCAAGGCUCCAUGGUGUGUUUUAACCAGAAGACUGGCUUACACAGGUCAGAACUGUCUGGGAUAACAGUGAGUGCUUUUUUCUGCAUUUGUGCAUGUGUGAGAGACUGUUAGAAGAGGAAAGUCGUGUGCUGGUUUCUCCAGAUGCCUCUCUCAGUGGCAGAGUCUGCAGUAAAAAUCUGAAACCCCAUCUUCCUUUUCUUCUGCGGCCAACAUGUCCCAGCAGCUCCAUGUGGAGAUCCCGAACUUUGGAGCCACAGUUCUGGGCUCCCUCAAUGAGCAGCGCCUGCUGGGACACUACUGCGAUGUAUCCAUACUGGUCAAAGGUCAGGCUUUCAAAGCCCACCGGGCCGUUUUGGCUGCCAGCAGCCUCUACUUUCGUGACCUCUUCAGCAGCUCCACAAAGACCCAGUUUGAGUUGCCCUCCUCAGUCACACCUGCUUGCUUUGAGCAGAUUCUCACUUUCUGCUAUACAGGGAAGCUAACAAUGGCAGCUAGUGAACAGCUGGUGGUCAUGUACACAGCUGGCUACCUCCAAAUUCAGCAUAUAGUUGAAAGAGGCAUGGACCUAAUGUUCAAGGCGAACUCGCCUCACUGUGACUCGCAAACUGCAGGGUCCUUAGAGGAAACAGGAUCUGAGCCGCAGAGUCCUUGUAAUAACAGUAACAGCCUAGCGGUGGCUGCCCUUUUGGGAACCCCGGGCUGGUCUCCAUCCCUACUCAUGCCGCAACGUAAGAUUAAACUAGAAGGGGGUGACCCAACACCCCUGACAAUACCCUCGACACAAAGCAAGAUUUCGUCUUCGGAGUUGGGUAGUCGGCUGGCGAGGGCCAGUUCACUGUUCUACACAACCGCUGGUGGGACCCACAUCCCUGGUAUACCUCCUUACCACCUUCAAGGGGCCGGUGGGGGUGGAGCAGGAGUUGAAAGGUCCAGUCCUGGAGCUUCCAGCCUGCCAACCACUGACAGUCCUACAUCGUACCAGAAUGAGGAUGAAGAGUUUGAAGAAGAGUCCUAUGAUGGGAUCACAGAGGAUGCCUACAGUCAUCUCUAUGGACGUUCAGCUAACCCCUACGGGAUCCAGGACAAGCCAGAGAUGGCAGCCGUGCCCUUGGCCUUGGAAAGCCGCAACUGUGUGCUGAUCCGCAGGGACCUGGUGGCGCUCCCUGCAAGCCUCAUCAGCCAGAUAGGGUACCGCUGCCACCCUAAGCUCUACUCUGAGGGGGACCCUGGGGAGAAGCUGGAAUUGGUAGCUGGUACACAGGUGUUCAUGACUCGAGGCCAGCUGAUGAAUUGUCAUCUAUGUGCUGGUAUCAAACACAAAGUCUUGCUUCGCCGUCUGCUAGCCACGUUCUUUGAUAGAAACACUUUAGCCAAUAGUUGUGGGACAGGUAUCCGUUCUUCUACCAGUGACCCCAGUCGGAAACCCCUGGACAGCAGGGUCCUCAAUGCUGUCAAACUUUACUGUCAAAAUUUCAACCCUAACUUCAAGGAAAGUGAAAUGAAUGUGAUUGCUGCUGACAUGUGCACAAAUGCGAGGCGUGUCCGCAAGCGAUGGUUGCCCAAGAUCAAGUCUAUGCUGCCUGAUGGCAUGGAGGUGUACCGUGCAGGAAUGGGCAUGGGUGCUGCUGUGGGUCUGGGCCUGGCGCUAGGUGCCUCUCAACCAGGGGUACCCCUCCCCUUCGAGCCUGACUUCAAGACCAUAGAGCAAAGGUUGUAUCCAGAUCGCAAGGACCCUCUCAGGACUCACCCACCGCUGACAGAGGGCAGCCCUGGGUCUGGGGCAGCUGGAGCAGAGGCUGAAGGUGAAGGUGAAGGAGUACUCCAGGAGGAACAGGAGGAAGAUGAGGAUGAAGCAGGGUUAGAGGGUGUAGACGGAUCAUUGGGGGCGCCAAGUUUGAUCCCAGGAGCUGAGGCAGGCAACUGUGAUGACACGCCGCCUGAGAAGGAAGUGGAAAGUUUUGGACAAGGUCUGAGGGUGAACGGACAGUGAAUGUCCCUUGGGCUGCCUCUCACAUUGUGAAAUCAGUUUAACACCGCAUUUUCUUUUGCUUGCUCUCUUACUCUAACAUCUCGUCCACCACUCUUUCUUCUCCUCUGUGCUUCCUCAACAGGAAUUAUUCAGCACUAAAAGCGGAGCUCGUAGGUCUUACUAUACAGGAAUUUGUCACACAUGCAUGCGGACACGUGUAUACGCAUACUUACUGAUAGUGGAAGGAGAACACUGAUAAUAGCAGUAGACACAGGCAUGGCAUUAGCACAUUAAGAAAAUCAACCCUUUCUGCUCCACCCUUUUUCUUCGUAUAUUCUGUAUUUACUCAGUAUUUCGGCACCUGCAGCAAUAUAAGGCCUGAUAGCAGAACAAAUGGCUGUAAUGAUUCAUCAUUUCAGUGCAAUACAAAAGCAACAGCUGCUUUGCUGGCAGUUUAUGGAGUGUGGUAUAAUGGUUUGUAAAAUGAUUCCGUUUUCUUGGAAAGCUGCAUCUUAAAAUAACCCGUGUAACCUUGGGAAAAGCGGAUCAGAGAAACAUAGCUCUCUUAAAAAGCAGCUUAUUUUGUAGUGUUUGACCACUUUAUAUCAUAUUGUUGUAUGAUAAAUAUGUAUGACUAUAUAACAAAGAUUGUAUUAUAGUUAAACAUCAAGUACUGUAUUACUACCAUUAAACAGAAGAAUUUUCUUUUUUGUUUAAACAGCACAUAAUUUUCUAUGAUAAAGAUGAGAAGAAGUUUUUUUGCAAAAGCUGAAGACUUUUCCACAAUCUAACAAAUAAUCCAUCACAUGGAGUUAGUUUUUCAUGCAUAUUUGCCCGUGACAUAUUGGAUUAGAUGUCAAUGUGAUGCCUGUGUCUGCUCCAGACUGCCCCUCCCAACCACACAUACACACAUAUAUGCACAAACACACAUACACACACACACAUGUGAUACUAGCCUUUAAUAUCUGCAUCAAUGCAUUAAAAAUACACUGUCCAAAAAAUUUAACAAUGCUUUUUGACUUUGAAAAAUCCUUUUAAAUUACAUCAUUCUGUCUUGGAGAUACAGAGAGAGACAUGAACAAGAACAUGCACUAAAAUCCAAGCUUGCAUGCAUGAAUACAAACAAUGGAUAAAGAGAAUUAUUGAAAACAACAACAAAGCCACAAACCUGCAUCUAAAUAAGAAAACAGCUACUGUUGCCUUGAGAUAUGCCAUAAAUACGCAAAAGGACUUUGUAUCCAUUUCUCACUGGCAUCUGACCUCAGUCUGACGCAUGUUAGAACUGACCUGGUUGCGACCCAGGAUUGAUUGGAUUUUCUUUUUUAACUACGGAGCGUGCUGUCACCACGGGUAGAGGAGACUGAAUAUAUGGAGUAGUAAGAAAGAGGAAGUGCACUACACUGAGUGGUAGAAGGAAAAAAUGCCAGAGAGCACUGUUUCACCUCGAUGUGGUGGUGUGAUCGGCACCAAGACUACAUAGUCCUGCUUCCAUCCUGUUUUUUUUUUUCCCUGGGGGGGGUUGGGGGGUAAAUUAUUGAAUAAAACUUAUAAGAGCAAUUUCUGCUGGCUUAUUGCAUUUGCACUCAAAAAAUGGUUAAAGGGCGGGAAACUAAGGAGUUUGGCAAAAAUGUGACUGUACUAAGGACUGAAAAAAAGAUGAUAACUGUUUCUAUAUUUUGGAAGGAGGCAAUGUCAAACAGGGACUUAAACCUGUAUUUGCCUGUAUUUGUCUUUUUUUUUUAUAUCUGUUUUCAUGCUUUCUGCCAGGCAUAGGGACACAGUCCAGCAGCCUUCCUUUUUGUUUUGUUUUGUGCAUUGAGUUUAAGAGAUACACUGCUGUAUGUUUUGUGUUUUCUGGGUUUUCCUGAUCAGUGUCAAAGCACAUUUAAUCACAAGAUCAGACCAAGAAAUUUAGUUGAUGAAUGAACCCCAAAGUUAUUUUAAGCCACCAACAUUUUUGAAAGCAUAGCUACUUAUGAAGUGUUUGAAAAUAAUAUUAAUCAGAGUUUUUUCCACUGCAGAAAUCAAUUGUAAAAGCUAACAACCAAGCAAAACAAAUGCAGUAUAUGGCCCUGAUAUAUUUGAUCUGCUUGUUUAUGCUUCAGUGCUGUGUCACUUGAAAAGUUGGGCCCUAUUAUUAUUUUCUGUGUUCUACGUAUCUUGUUUCGGAUUCUUUAGGGGGAGCUUUAAGAUGGCCCUGCACAAGACACACAGGGUUAUAAUUGCACUAGGUAAUAACAAUGACGUUUACAGUAUCUUUUUUUCUUUCUUUUGGAAGAAAUGUGAUCUGCCAUAGAUAAAACAGGGCCGAGAUGAUGAAUGAAUGUAAACUGUAGCACUGCUUUGGCGAGGGGUCCAAGCCUUGAUUGAAUACGGUCAAAUACUCAAUCUCUUUUUUAUAUGAGUCACUUUUUCCUCAAUUGUAUACUCUUAAAAAUGGGCCAUAAUAUAACAUGAAUUUGACUGUGAGGCUGGGUGAUGUUCUAACCUAAAGCUUUAGUGAUUUUGUGAUUUUUAAAUUGAUGUGAACAGGUCUUCCAACAUGGUAAACACCAGGGAGCGUUUCCCUAAUAAUACAGAAAACUGAGCGAAGUUCGAGCAUAGGCUUUUAUUACUCUAUUGUUUAUUCUAUUUUUAUUUCAACAAGCUCCUCAUUUUUUAAGUCUUUUGACAGUUAUGUAUGUCUCUAAUGUUGAAAUGACACAUAUGUGUCCUGAAACUUUCUGUAUAGAUAUACUUCAAGAUUUAGCAAAUAAUUUCUUUAUCUCGUUUUUAAUUUAUUAAGCUUCACUUCCUAAAGUUGCUCUUGUAAAAAACAAAUAAAGAUAUUCAGUUGUUUAUUGGAGCCACUACUGUAAUUCCUGGACUUUUGAGAGGAUCAACGGCACUUCUGAUGUUGUCAGCCAAGGUAACAGUCUUCCCAAAAUGCAUACAUACUGUAUGUAAUUUUGGAAUCAAACUAAAUUCAGUUAUUACUUUAGAUUACAAAAUAGCUUGCAACUUAAUCAGCCUGCCGCCCAAAAAAUUUAAACCUGUGUACUCCACUGUUAAACUGUGCAAUAUGUAUAACAUACAAUUUGAUUCUGUUUUUGUCUCUUUGUAUUUUCAUGCACAAUAAAUCUAUGCUUUUGGUUUUAGUAAGAUCUAUUUUCAAACAGGCAGAAUUUUGCAUGGCCACUACUUUAACUUAGACGAAUUUGAUAUGAACUCCGAUUAAAACAAAGCGGUAAAUAAUAUGGGGUGGGAAACAUUGAUAUACUCCACUGUAGUGCUAAAGAGGUGUGGAGCAGUGCCUUAGACUGUGUCUGUGGGUGUGGAUGCUGUGAUGUGAACCUCUAUGUUCAGAGAUGAAAAAGACAAAGUACCUGUAGGGGUAUAAUGCAGACACUGACUGAUUUCAUUCCUUUAUUUAAGUUAUAAUAAUAAUAAUAUUAAACUUUAUUUGUAUAGCACCUUUCAUACAAGAAAUGCAGCUCAAAGUGCUUUACAACAGAGAAAAUACAUGCACCGAGUGCUUCACUUAAAAAACAACAGAAUUAACAUAAAACCAGGAAUAGAAUGCCAUAGUUAAUGUAAAAUAAAGUAAAAAUAAGAUGAGAAUAAAAUACAGGCAUCUUCACAGUUAUAAUUCUACUAAAAUUGGCCUCCAAGAACCUUUGCUCUGUAUAAUUAGUGUAAUAUUUAGUCACUCAUUUUUUUACUUUAUGUUUGCCAUCAUCUCAUUCUUUAAGGAGAAAGUAUGCACCAGCCCAUUUAAGUUGAACUCAUUAAAACAGAUUUACUGCACUUAGAUGCAUUCAACAGCUAAUCAGCAACAACCUGGAUCCCCUGGACUGACAUCCUCACAUUGUUUAUACGAUUGACAGACCAAGUAUAUAAAAAACAUGUGAUAUCUAUUCAAACCUGUUCAUUCCCUUGUUCACAUUUAAAGAUAAGGUUUUUUAAUAGUCUUCCUCACAAAACAAUCACACAUGCAUAAAUAAUAUUUUACAUGUGUUUCCCCUGAUGCAUUCACCUUUCAGCUUGUUCACUGUUUUAAGAAAAACUUUUCUUGCUUCUCUUCUGCUUAGGGUCUUUUUUUUUUUCUUGUGCAGAGUGAAUGAUGUUGCACUAUAAACUGAGAAAUCCUCAGAGAAUGUCAUGGCUAACCCUUGGGAGGCUGAGCUCUAUUUGAGGUGGCUGAAAGAAAAAGUCCUGUAAAAUGUAUGUAAUGUUGUGUGCUUUACAUAUUCUUUUUUUAUUUCAAGAAAUGUGUCUUUUGCAAUAUCUGCCAUUCACCUGGAUGAUCACUGAAAAUGACAAAAUAAGAGAUAGGAUGGGAUUGUUGGUGGAAAAGAACCUAUUUUCACAAACAUUUCUUUGCAAAACACUUGUUACUUACUUUCUGAAACCUUACAUAGUGCUCUGUUCAUCCCCCAUUACUGUCAAACUAUUGGACACAGUAGUUUUUGUUCCAUUGAGUGGUUUAUCCUGAAAACAAUACAUUUAUAUGCAAAGAGACACUUGUAUCAUAAAAUGCAUGCCAUUCAGACACUCACUCUAACCCAAUGAAACCUCUGAUCUUUAUGCACCAUGUAUUUUAUGCUGAAUAACUGUUGUCACUGUAAGCAAGCAAAGACUGUGGAGUCUUGCAAUGAGUAGGGUUGCAUUUUUAUCACGCACCCUGGCCUUUUAUUGAAUGUUUGUGUAAAGUUUAAUCUAUUAUAAUAUUGGCAGAGAAGUAGUGAUAAAGAGUGGACUACAUAGACUAACUACCCAGUUGAGUGUGUGUUUGAACCUUCAUCUCAACUCAGAAAAAAUGCACUAAAAGUUUGUAUGUGUGUGUAUGUGUCUUUGAACAUAAUGCCAGCACUUUAGAACUACUUAGACAAGUGAAAGAAAUGAGAAAAACGUCAAGAGGGGCCGAGGGUUUGGCGACGGAGGAGAAAACGCAACUUUUAAAGCCAUGUGUUCAGAGCGCUGACAAUCAGAAUAGGGAUGAGACCCAAAGUGCAUUAUGGGAGAUCUGACAUGAUUUGCUGUGCUCUUGCUGUUUGCUUUGUCUCUCUCCAGCUUGCUUUGGUCUGUGCUAGCUUACUUUCCAGAGUGGAGAGACAUGGUGAUAACUCCAGCCUCCUUGGUUAUAAGUGUGUGUCUCUGCAACAAGGACUGACGGAUAUUUGACUGAUACCUUGGUGCUUUGUGAACAGAGCUGUCCCAUGUUGACAUGGACCAUAUCUGUAAUGCUCUGGUAAACUUGGUCCUAAGUCUGGGCUUAUUGGUAACUUCUCAUUGGACAACAACAGUCCAUACGACAAAAGAGGAUCUUAUCAUGCAACCCUACACUUUGAUCAUGGUAAAAUCCUUCACUAUCAACAGGGCUUUGGACCAGGCAAACUGGGAUGGGACAAUUUCAGUGUUGAUACUGCUUUAUGUUUCAAAUGAAAAAUGUUAAAAUGUUUAUGCGCCUUCUGACUCAAGCAUCAAUAAUAUAUACAACAGAAAUGCAAGUUGCCACUUUUGAUGUUGCAUAAGAAUCUACCUUUCAUUCCCAUCAUGGUAUUUGCCAUCACCAGUUUCAGUUGUGUAGUCCAAGAGUACCUGAUUUCUUUAAAUGCAAUACAGAAAAAUCUGCUUUCUAAUAAAAGUCCUUACUUCACCAUAA